AUGGUUCUCACACGAGCGCAGAAAAAGGAAAGGCCCGGGGUUGAUCGGGAUUGGCGCUUGAGCGACUUCGACGUUGGUCGCCCUCUUGGUAAAGGCGCCUUUGGCCGUGUGUAUUUGGCGAGAGAUAAAAACAAGCAUGUUCCGUUGGUGUUGAAGGUAAGUGAAGGUUUUUUUAUGACUUUGGGAAAAGUUCCUUAUUCUGGCCACAACAAAGGUGCUCUGCGAACUGCGCCCAAGCUUGGGAACUAAAGUUAAGAAAAAGGCUUCGAUCUGCCUGGCACUGAAUUACUAUAGUAGCUCUAUAGUUUUAAGGAUGCCUACGAAGGCUAUGACGACUCAUUUAGUUCAACAUGGAGGCAAUAAGUGUAGCUCCGUAUAGGUUUCAUCGUAUAACGUGUAAAAUCGCAGGCUGCAGCCGUUUUAAAGGGUAAGGUGGUACGUAAAAAAGAAGGUACCUCACUAACCAAAUCUACUGCAUUGACAACGAUGAAUUGAGCCUGCACGCCCAAUUUGGGCCAAUUCUGACCAGUUUUCGCAAAGUUAUAAGUUGUGGCCAGAAUAAGGAACUUUAACCGAUUUUUGGGAUAGACAAUAUAAUUUUGGCAUGUUUAGAUUAUUUUCAAAAACCCGUUAAAGACCCACAAAAUGGAGGAGUAUUUGGUCACAGAAAUCACAAACCAUAGUCAUCUAAUGUAAGUUUUUGGUUUCAUAGUCGUUGUUGUGGCGGAAGUUAGAAAGUAUUUUUUUUUGUGUAUUACAGUCACCCGAACAUUCUCCGCCUCUACAAUUAUUUCCAUGACGAAAAAAGGAUCUACGUCAUGUUGGAGUUGGCGUUUCAUGGGGAAGUCUACAAAGAACUACAACGUCGCGGACGGUUUGAAGAAAUUGAUGCAGCAAAGGUGAGCAAGGACUAACUUUUUAUGCGAAUAUAAAAAAAUUGAAAAAUUUUUAGUCAUCAAUUCCUCGAGUUUCUCAAUUUUCUAUUUUCAGUACAUCUACCAAGUAUCGGACGCCCUCGAAUACUGUCAUCAAAAAAAGGUCGUCCACCGUGAUUUAAAGCCCGAGAAUUUACUCUUCGACGAGGAUUACAACAUCAAAUUGGCGGAUUUUGGAUGGUCCGUGCACUCAUCGAAUCGCAGGUAAGUUGUCGCGUCAAAAACCGGGUUCAUUGUCAACUUCAGACGAACAUUUUGUGGCACAAUGGAUUAUAUGGCGCCAGAGUUGGUCCAAAAUCACAGCCACACGUUUCCAGUGGAUUAUUGGUGUGUCGGAGUACUGUUGUUUGAGUUUCUGACCGGGAAUGCGCCGUUCUACGCGCGGAACGAGAUUGAUACCUACAAAAAUAUCAUCACUGGGGAGUUCUCCGCUCCGGAAUACUUGAGCGAGGGCGCUGUGGACUUGGUGAGAAAGGUAAGGGAAUUAAAUUAAAUUAGCUUUUUGAAAACAUGGUAAACCCUAGGAAAACUGCAUUUAUUCCUUUUCAGCUCCUCCAACGAGUCCCAUCCCAACGUCUGGACCUCAACGGAGUUAUGUGCCAUCCGUGGAUUACGGAGCAGUUGGCCGCGAGAAAACACAGUCAAAACAAUGACUCGGUUUAA